AUGACUGAAAAAUGCAGUCCCCCGGAAGAUGGGUUGUCGUCCUUGCAUACCAUCUUACUUUUCACAGUUGUAGGCAUUGAGUGCAUCAUUGGUAUCAUUGCGAAUGGGUUCAUUGUGGCUAUAAAUGCAGCUGAAUGGAUUCAGAAUAAGGCAGUUUCCACGAGUGGCAGGAUCCUGGUUUCCCUGGGUAUAUCCAGGCUAGUUCUCCAAAUCUUCAUGAUGCUAGAAAUUACCGUGCACUCAGCAGCUCCACGUGUUUAUAGAGAAGAUAGCAUCUAUAAUGCAUUCAGAGUAAGUUUCAUGUUCCUGAACUAUUGUAGCCUCUGGUUUUCUGUCUGGCUCAGUUUCUUCUACUUCGUGAAGACUGCUAACUUCUCCUGCUCCCUUUUCCUCAAGCUGAAGUGGAGAAUCAGUGGGCUGAUGCCCUGGCUUCUGUGUCUGUCAACAUUUGUCUCCUUGGGCUACAGUAUGCUCUUCUGCAGUGGCAUCUACACCACUUACUGUAACAGUUCUGUGCCUGUCUCCCCCUCCAACUCAACCAAGAAAAAAUUCUUCACUAAGACCAAUGUGGUCAACCUGGCUCUGCUCUACAACCUGGGGAUCUUCAUCCCUCUCAUCAUGUUCAUCCUGGCCGCCACUCUGCUCAUCGUCUCUCUUAAGAGACACACUAUACGCAUGAAAAGCAGUGCCACAGGCUCCGGAGACCCCAGCAUGGAGGCCCACGUGGGGGCCAUCAGAGCUACCACCUACUUUCUCAUUCUCUACAUUGUCAACGCAGUUGCUGUAUUUCUCUAUAUGUCCAACAUCUUUAAUGACAACAGUUCCUGGAAUAGUCUGUGCAGAACCAUCAUGGCUGCCUACCCAGCUAGUCACUCAGUGCUGCUGAUCUUGGACAACCCUGGGCUAAGAAGAGCCUGGAAGCGGCUUCAGUCUAGAGUUGCUCUCUACCUAAAAAAGUAA